UCUCCAUCGACAGCGCCUUUCAUGGCCAUCAUGAAGCUCUCGUGUCCAGAACGUGCUAAAUUUGAAUCGAUCCCUCUCCGAGUAGAUUGCUGCAGACCUCCAGCGGUCGGCAAAGGGUGAAGGGCAAUCGCAAUUGACGGUGCCUGACGCUACAUGCAUAGUCUGCCUGCGGCCCAAGGCAAGUCGAUCCGCAGCCGCCCAUCUUCAUCCUCAUCUCCAUCUCCUUUUCCUUUCGUCUCCUUCUGCCCAGCCCCCUCACCAUUAUCCACUGCGUGUAUCCUCCUGCUACGUUACGCGCUAUGCGCUGCAAACUGUAAAGGCGCAGCAGAAUGAGCCCGCACACACCGAGACGUUCCCCAGUAUGACAACUGCGGCCCAGUCCGAAGUCUCCUCCCUCCUCCCCCAAGUCGAGUCACUCGAGACGUCUAUGAAGCAUAGCGUUCAAGCGCUGCCACCACCCGCCGUCACUGUCCAACCUUCAGACUCGGAAAGCGGGGAGAAGAGCAAUCAGCUGUCCUCUGCCGCUAUAGACAGCGACAAAGAUCAUCACAUCGCAUCCCUAGUGAAGAUGGUCGACAGACUCAAGGGCCAAGUCAUGGGAUUCAGCUGUCGUGUGCAAGUGCUGGAACGGAUGAUCGUCGACCUCAAGCGUGAAGGGAUGGGGAUGAAGGAUCGCCUUAACGCGGUGGAGCAACUUGAUGCGCGAAUGGGAGAGGUCGAGAGGAUAGUCCAAGAUUUAUCCCGAGGGCAGGCCACUAGAGAUGUUCAGCAAUUGGAAGAGCAGCGGAGGACCAUCGAGCAAAACGGUUCGAGAAAUGGGCAAGGUUCCUCCCCCCCUUCCAGCACGCGAUGCCCCUCCACCAUCACCCAUCUACCCAAGGAAGCGGCAGCAGGUCUGACGGCUUUCUAUUCGCGGCUGGAGGAGACACGAAGGAAGGAUGCGGAGGAGCAGAGCGCGGCGCGUAGUGAAAGGUCGAGCGACUCGAGCUCGGAUACCAUUGUUGUACGCGAUGCGGGAAGGAGAAAUGGUCGGGAGGUUGGAUGCGCAGGCGCAGGGGAGUGAAGGAUGGGGAUGAGGGUUGAGGCCUCUGCAUGAGAUGGGGAGGGUCGCCAUGAGCUC